UUCCCUUCAAUUUUUGAUUUUCUGGGAAAAAUUGUGUGAAUUGAAGAGAGCGAGCGGCGAAAUGGCUGCCACGAAGGACAGGGGAAAGUCGAAGAAGGCUAUGGAGGAAGAGGCGGAUUGGGAGAGAGAUGAAGGCAGGGAGUUUGAGAGGCAACAAUGGAGGCCAGUUUUAGAAGAAGCUUCCAUGUCUGAUAGGCCACUCAAGAAGAUCAGAAGUCCAGACCACCAAUCUUCAUCAUCCAUGGCCUGUCCUCCUCCUCCUCCGUCGUCAUCAUCGUCUUCCUAUUCCAAUUCGGGCCCUGUUUUUCCUUUCGCCUUCGAUGGAACCCAGCAAUCCAUGGAGAGUUUACGGCAAUUAGGAUCCGUUCCUCUGUUACAGCCGCAGUAUCAGCAGCAGAUGAUCUCAUUCUCUCCUCAGCAGCAGCAGAGUUUCGGUUACCCGCCGUAUUUCGCCGGGAACUUGGCGCCGUCGCAGCAGCAGCAGCAGCUGAUGCAGUACUGGAACGACAGUUUGAAUUUGAGCCCGAGAGGGAGGAUGCUUAUGAGCAGGUUCGGGCACCGCCCGCCGGUGCAGCCGCUGAAUACUACGAAGCUCUACAGGGGAGUGCGGCAGAGACAUUGGGGGAAAUGGGUGGCGGAGAUUCGUCUCCCCAGAAACCGGACACGUCUCUGGCUAGGCACCUUCGACACGGCGGAGGACGCCGCCAUGGCCUACGACCGAGAGGCGUAUAAGCUGAGAGGGGAGAAUGCUCGCCUCAAUUUCCCCCAGCUCUUUCUCGGCAAAGACAGAGGAGGAGGAGGAGGAGCUUCCACGGCGCCCAGUUCGGCUUCUUCGUCUCCGACCACCCCCAGCAAGAGAUUAGCUUCGUCUUUAUCAUCGAAGGUGCAGUGUGAAGAAGAUGAUGUGAAGAAAUUGGCGGCGACUCAAGAGGAGGAGUCGAGCGAGGUGACCGGAAGCGAUGAAGUUCAAGAAAACGUGGAGAGCGCAUCAUCGGAAUUGGUGUGGAAUGAAAUGGCGGAAGCUUGGUUGAAUGCAAUGCCGGCGGGUUGGGGUCCAACCAGUCCGGUAUGGGAUGAUUUAGACGCCACCAAUUCUCUCAUGUUACCCUCUAAUCUUCCAUUUUCCGAUCCCGAUCAACAAAACCACGCAACUUCUCCAUCUUCAUGCCCCAUGAGACCUUUCUUUCCCAAUGAUCAAGACUAAACUUUCUCAGCUCACCAUAUAUUUCUUCUCAAAUCUCACUGGUUGUGGGUUUUUCAUGGAACAACCUGUGAUUCAUCAUCUCUCGGCUUCAUUCUUAGCCUUUAUUUGCAUUCCUCAAUCCUCAUGCCAUCUGCAAAAAAGCUGCGUAUUAAAGGCUUUUCGCAAUGGCUAAUUUCAUGCUUCAUGUUUUUCACUUUUGUCGCAUAUCAUUACUACACACUUCAGUUCUUCAUUUCAUUAUGUUUUAGCUGUUUAUGAACACUUAGCAGUUGUGAAUUGUGAUCACACUACUAUAUCAGAAGCUUAGGAUCAGCUUUGAGGGAGACGCUUUUAUGAUCUUCUUCUCAAUCGAUUCCUACAUCACCACCACUUCUUCUUCUUCUUCUUUUUUUUAAUUUCUGUACAUUUUGGUAUGGUUUCUGGGAUCACAGUGUAUUGUAAUGUUUCUCUUGUUUUCUGCAAUUAUAUGGUUUUUGUGU